ACUGAGCGUUUCAAGUGAAAUAUUAGGAAAUAAAUGAAAACCGAAAAGGUGUUUUUUUUUUUUAAUUUUGUUUAAUUAUCAGCAAUUAAGUGAGUACGUUGUUUUUAGUUACUCGUUGCCAAAUGGUUUCGCUGUCGCUUACCAAAGCGGAUAUCGAAAAAUGUAUAAACAUUCAGUGCAAUCCAAUAAAAUGGAAGGGAUUGCUUACAGGUUCUCUGAGAAAAGUUACAGAACAGGUUCAUCCUUCUUUAAAAGCAAGCGACGAGGCAUUGGAAUACGUAGAAAUGCUUGUCAUCAUGUGUCUUGAAAUUUUAACCGUACGAUCACCCCCGCCCCAUACUGUGCAUGAUAUUGAAGAUCAGGUGAAACGGUCAUUUCCCAAACCAAUAGACAAGUGGGCUAUUAGGGAUGCUAAAGAAGCGUUGGAAAAAAACAAGAAAAAAAAUCCAUUGGUAUUGCCGACGGAUAAAAUUUAUAAUCUUGUUCAAAAAGAAAUACUGCAAUACAAACUGGAUUACCAAGUAGCUCUUUAUACAACCGCAGUGUUGGAAUAUAUAGCGGCUGAUAUAUUAAAACUGGCCGGUAAUUAUGUAAAAAAUAUACACCGUGUAGAAAUUGGAUUUCAAGAUCUACGUGUUGCGAUAUGUGGCGAUAAAGUAUUGAUGGAUUUGUUUGGUCAACAUGACAACAAUGGCGAUUUAAACUUGUCAGACUUAGGUAUUGAUAAAAUACAGAGAACCUCUGCUACAUACGAAGAAGUCAUUAGAGACCUAAUGCACGAUGAACGUCAACAUAUAAGAGAUUUACACUUGAUUUUAAAAAUAUUCAAAGAAGAAAUUGACCGGAUCAUACCGACCGGUAGUAGUCAAGAGUUAGAUAGUAUGUUUAAUAACAUAACUGAUAUUUGCAAAGCAACAGGACUGUUUUUGAGUUCAAUAGAAGAUAUAUUAGAAAUAGCAGAAGACAAAUCCGCUACAGUUGGAUGUUGUAUUGAAGAGUUGGCUGAAGCAGCUGAAUUUGAUGUGUUUGCACGUUAUGCCAAUGAUAUUGUAAAAAGGCAGUGUAGAAAUAUAUUUUGGAAUUUAAUUGAUAAACCAGAAGUUUCUAAUUUAUUACAAUCAGCCGGCUAUGGUUUUAAAGAAGCCGUAAAAUAUUAUUUUCCAAAGUUACUGCUUUUACCUUUAUGGCAUUGCAUACUUUAUUUUGAAUAUAUCAAAAUUUUGCACCAGCUUUCUCCAUCGCAACUGGAUAAAGAAUGUUUAGAACAAGUGGAGGGUAUGUUAAAACCUUUACAGUUGCAAAUGACGGCUGCCGCAAACAAAGUCAACUUGCCUGACAAUGUUAAAGAAUUUGGACUAAAAAUUAAUGCGACUCCAAGACGGUUGUUAGCUAUAGAAAAAUUAAAUGAAAUGCAAAAAGCGAUAGACGGUUGGGAUGGUAAAGACAUGGGACAGUGCUGUACCGAAUUUAUACGUGAAGGUGUACUUGUUAAAAUUUCUAGUGGUGGUAAACGUUGUUCUGAACGCAAAGCUAUACUAUUUGACGGAGUUCUUAUUUUGUGUAAAUCUAAUAAUAGAAGAACUUCAGUAUCGGUCAGCUCACAACUUGUUGGUGGUAUGUCUGAGUUUAAAUUGAAGGAAAAAUUUUUUAUUCGUAAGGUUGAAAUUGUCGAUAAAGAAGACACUGAUGAUAUUAAAAACUUUUUUGAAAUUGCUCCACGAUUACAGCCAUCAGUUAUAUUAGUCGCUAAUACUUUCCAAGAAAAAGCUAAUUGGAUGGCAGAUCUAGUAAUGCUUAAUACAAAAAGCAUGUUGGAUAGAACUUUAAACAGUAUUCUACUCGAUGAAGAUAAAAAAUUUCCUUUGCGCUUACCUUCAAUUAACGAGUACAGGUUUGUAGAACCAGACUCUCAAUCUAAUAUAAUUUUUGAAGAAAAAGAAAACAAUGGUGUACCUCUCAUAAAAGGUGCAACUCUAGUCAAACUUAUUGAACGAUUAACUUAUCAUAUAUACGCUGAUCCGAAAUUCGUAAGAACAUUCCUUACGACGUAUCGUAGUUUUUGUUCACCACGAGAGCUCUUGGACCUUCUUAUUGAAAGAUAUACAAUACCCGAACCCUUUGGCAUUACAAUAGACACAGUAAGUCUUAGAGAUGAAAACAAGAGGUUCAAAAAAGACUAUUUAGUACCAGUUCAAUUUAGAGUGUUAAAUGUAAUUAGACAUUGGGUUGACUAUCAUUAUUAUGAUUAUCAAAGAGAUGCAGGUUUGCUAGACAAAUUACAUAUUUUUCUAGAUUCUAUAAAUGGCAAAUCAAUGAAAAAAUGGGCUGAUUCUGUGGUCAAAAUAUUACAAAGAAAGAGCACAGAAGCACAAAAAGAAAUAACAUUUGCAUUUAAUUCUCCACCACCCCCGAUUGAAGUUCAUAUGGAGUUUAAUCUUAAUGAAGAAUUCAAUAUUUUGUAUAUUCAUCCCAUAGAGUUUGCCAGACAGCUGACACUUAUAGAUUCGGAAAACUACAGAGCUGUAAAACCAUCAGAAUUAGUCGGAUCAGUAUGGACUAAAAAGAAAGAUAAGGAAAUUAAUUCACCACACUUGAUUCGGUUAAUGAAGUGUACUACUAAUUUUAGUCGAUGGAUUCAAAAAACUGUAGUUGAAUGUUACAAUUUUGAAGAAAGAGUAGCUAUUGUUUCGCGAUUUAUUGAGGUAAUGAUGGCGUUAGACGAGCUUAAUAAUUUUAAUGGAGUUUUGGCAGGUGUUUUAUCAGCAAUGAGUUCAGCUGCUGUACAUCGCCUAAAAAUUACAUUUCAAGCUGUCAACGCUAGGCUCUCUAAAGCUCUUGAAGAAGCUUAUGAAUUACAUGAAAAUCAUAGUAAAAAAUAUCAAGACAAAUUGAGAAGUAUAAAUCCGCCUUGCGUUCCUUUUAUUGGUAUGUAUUUAACAAAUAUUUUACUCAUUGAAGAAGGUAAUCCAGAUCGCUUAACUAUCAGUCCAAAUUUAAUUAAUUUUAAUAAACGCCGAAAGGUUGCUGAAAUCAUUGGCGAAAUUCAACAAUACCAAAAUCAGCCGUAUUGUUUAAAUGUUGAAUUUAAAAUAAAAAAGUUUUUAGAAAAUUUAAAUCCAUUCAAUAACAUGGAAGAAACUGAUAUCAAUAAUUAUUUGUAUGGUGAGUCUUUGAAGAUUGAACCGAGAAAUUGCUCAACCGAGAAACAACUACCAAAAUAUCCACGCAAAUGGCCAGAACUAAAUUUGAAGUCUCCGGGUCUAAAAUCUAAAGUACGCAUUCCAUCGGCAUCUUCUAAAGAACUGGAUGUACAAGGAAGAAGAAAAUUGAGCUCAUCAAGUUCCUUAGUCAUUCAAAUGGACAAGAGAGAAGAAGAAGAUUCUGUCUUCGGACCAGUAACAUUUACGCUGGGAAAAAGUCCAAAUAAUACUGCCCCUCCUGUGCCACCGCGUCUUGCUAAAAUUGAUAGUAGUUUUAAACCCCCUAUACCACCGAGAAGAAUAGCUCCACCCAUACCCCCCAGAAGAAUUCAAGUCGAAAAUCUUCAGAAACCUAAAAAAUUUGUUAUUGAACUACCUCAACAGGAAAAUAAACCUCCAGUGCAAGUCGCUAGGUAUCCGUUUAAACCAUUUGUUCUAAAACGAAUUGCUCCAUCAAUGUUUCAGUUUAAUGUUUAAAAAUGCCAAAGAUAUAAUAUUUUUCAUUGGAUACUUAUCAUAUCUGUAGAUAGUACACCUGACCACUGUAUUAAUUUAAAAAAGUUAAAAUGUAGGUUAGAAAAUGUUAGAAAAAAAAUAUUGAAUUUAGUUAUAGGAUUAUUAAAUAAGUUAUUUUAUGACUUUCUGAAAAUAUUUCAAUUGUUUUAAUGGUAUAUAUUUCACCUCUAUAAAUAUGAUAUUUGUAUAAUUAUUGUAAACAUCAUAUUUACAAUGCAGAUAAAAGCAAUUUAAUUAUAAUACAAUUUUGACUAAUGUUGUUAAUUUUUUAACACAUCAAGUUAAGAGUGAUGAAAAAAAAUAUUAAAUUAACUGUUAAAAUA